GGCGGUUAUUGACCGACCCCGUCAGAGAAGAGAGGACGCUGACCGAGAGGACACGAGGCCCCCCUGUCUUCCCUGAGUUACCUGAAUCUGUGCUCACGUUCCUCCGACAGUUUCACUCUCCCACGCUUAUGAACCAGUAGCUAUCUAUAUGGUCCACGGACUAAAGGGUUUUCAAACUGGUUUCACCCUUUCCAAACUGUUCAAAGGCCCAGACGGAUUACGCACUGAUUCUUUCAUCUUGAUAACUACUAAACUACCAGCCACAGGCGAAGAUGUGUACUGGAAAGUGUGCAAAGUGUACUGGGGACAUGCUGUUUCCACUGGGACUGUUGGCCGUUGUAGCGAACAUUCUUCUCUUUUUCCCCAAUGGAGAAGUGUUGAGAACGGAAGAGAUCACUGAACAAGUCUGGUAUUUCCCAGGAGUCAUUGGAGGUGGCUUGCUAAUGUUCCUACCUGCUUCAAUAAUGCGGGCUGCAGGAGUGGAGGGGAGUUGCUGUGCCAACAGGUGUGGGAUGAUGUUUGCCAUGGUGAUGUCUGUGGUGGGUGUAGCGGGAGCACUAUACUGUAUGGUGGUCUCUGCUAUUGGCCUGCAGAAUGGCCCACUAUGUGAUACAGGCAACGGAGAGUACAACACCCCUUUUAUCAACCAGACCACCGAGGAGAGUUACCUGUUUAACCAGACAUUAUGGACAGAGUGUAAGAAUCCACAGAAUGUGGUUCUGUGGAACGUGGUUUUGUUCUCCAUUCUGCUGGCACUGGGAACACUGGAGGCUGUGCUCUCAGUUUCUCAAGUGGUCAACAGUUUGCUGGGAUGCCUCUGUGGAACCUGCAUGAGUAAAAGACAGGCUGGGAUGGCGUAAGGAAUAACUGACACACUCCACAUCACAUAACACACUGACAUGCUCUAAGUAUGAAAUCUGUUCAACUUUUAACCAAAUUGUUAUUACUACACUCAAAAACAAGUGAAGAUUUCUAUGCUAAUUAUAUUCUCAAAAGAGCCUUUUUAUCUUCUCAUGUAUAAACAGCUUUAGACUGAAAAUGAUUCAUAAACCAGUUAUAUGUAAUUUUACACACAGGCUAACAAUAAGGAGCGAUCCCUCCUCUUGCCACAAACUGUAAUUAAAUCCUUUUUUUAAGAUGCAGAAAUAGGUGUGUAAAUUGGUAAUGUAAUGUUUGGAGGUUGUCAGAAGUUCUUAUUGUUAGACCUCAGUGAUUUUCUAAAGGCAUGUAUGAUUAGUUAACAUUCCAGUUGUUUUGUUACAUAUAUAUGGAUGAUUAACUUGUGACAGUUGGUUAUGAGAUAAAUUAAAUUACCUAUCUUAAAUAUCA